CCAUAUACAUAUAAUCCCCGACUUCCGGAAGAGAAAAACCACAGACCCAAAAACAUUUUUGAUAGAAAUUUUGAACAUCUUGAAGUUUGGGUAUAUCAUAUAAUUUACUGUACUAGUGUUAUAGGUAUAGGUGAACAUAUUUAUUUUAUUUGAAAUGACACAAAAUGAAUUGGUCCUAAAACAGCACAACCAGUGCAUCAGUCUUCAGUAACUAAGUAGUAAGUUAGCAGACGAUUUUGGGGGCUUUGACAGAAGUCGAUAGACACGUCAUUCAUUACUUCUACUUAAUCUUAGUUAUGGCUUAUGGGAAACUGCUCAUUGGUAUGUCGAUAAUUGGAUGUUUUAUAUAUUUCCGAACAGAUCCUGCAGCGUUUCUUAAGACAGGGAUAAAAAUACUCAUUGGUUUAGGAAUGGUGACAUUUGUAAUCCAAUAUAUUUGGUCAAGAAUAUCAGGUUCAUUCAAAAGAUGGAUGGCAUCUCCAGCUUUACACGCUUCUAAUGAAAACGAGGAAGACAAGCUAUCAAAGUUGAAUGUCCUUAAAAAAGAAGCCAGAUCCCAAGUACAAAAGGAGCACUUGCAAAAGGCAGAAAGUUACAAGGAUCGUAUCCUCAGACCAAGAGAGGAGGCUAAGAAGCGACAGAAGGAAGAAGACUACUACAAGUUCAUGGGUCCAGCCUGGAAAGGGGAGGGACAAAUCCUGGGUGGAGAAGUACUAGUCGAUAAUGAAGGAGAGAAACGACCUUCAGAGAGCGCUGCCCGUCAUCGUCAUUUACCAGAAAAUAUCAACGAGGAGGUACUGCAGGUGGCCAGGCAGGAAUUACAGAGACAAAACAGAAAGAAGAGAAAACUCCCAGAUGAACCACCAGAGGGAGCUCCAGACUGUGUACUGGUGACGUUACGGACGCCCAUUGGCGAUCUACGACAGCGCAGAUUUAAACAGACAGAUACAAUACAGCAUGUAUUGGAUUACAUGACCUACAUUGGGUUCCACCAGAAGAUGUACACACUGGCAACAACCUACCCACGACAGUGCUUGUCAGACCAAAGGGAAGUAACUCUUGUUGACAUGGGAUUCAAGACAAGGACAACACUAAAUGUUGAGGAGAAAGACUUGGACUCAGAAUGAUUUAGAUUUUAUGUUUCAGAUGUCUGCCAGAUCAUGAUAGUGCUAGCUGUAUGAGUGAAAGUCUACUGUGUCUUGUAUAAAAUGUAGGAUCACGAUGAUGCUAGCUGUACAAGUUGGGUCCAUUUGUGUCUUAAUGUAUCAGAUGCCUGUCCAUUAUGGUAGUGCUAGAAUUACAAGUCCCAAUUUCUGAUCCUCCUCCUGCCUCCAAGUCGUAUCAGUCAUAAAUGGAUAAUCGAUUUGGGAAAUUACUCCUCUUCAGCAGAUAUACUUUCGACUGUUAUCACGCCUGUUAGUAGGUUCCAUCGCUAGGUUAGACCUGAGUGACACUACAAAAUCUGGCACACUAUCACUGAUCUAAAUGCAAAAUUUAACAGAGAUCACUGAGGUCAUGGUUAAAGGUAAACAUCUCAAAAAUGUCCUGAAACAUGCUAUACUCAUCCAGGUAAACAAGUAUGCGAGGUAACAUGACCCGAUCUGCAGUACUUUGUCCAUAACUGACCUAAACUCUAAACUUGUACUGGUAUAUGAUGUACAGACAUUAUAGUAACACUUUAUUCCCCCAAUAGCUGUGAUGCAGGGCAUGAAAAUAGUAUAUUGGUCGAAAGUGGUCCAGACAGGGGCUUCCACCUCUGAUUCCAAAAUGAACAUAAUGGUCAAACCAUAUAAAUGGUAUUUUUAAUAAUGUUUUUAUUGCUCAGCCUAUAGGACAGACCAUUAUUUUUGUGCUUAUUGACAGUCCAUUUGGAUUAUUUUGAUUCUCAUUCUUAAGGAUUUCAUUUUCACAAAAUCCCUCACCCAUCAAUUGUUUUGGAAAAGAUGUAUAUUACAACCCUAUUCUUCAUAACUGAAAUAGAUGUAUAUCAUUAACACUAUUCAUUGCUAAAACAGAUGUAUAUAUCAAUUUUCAUUAUAACUGAAAUACAUGUACUGUAAACGUGGAAUAUUACGUGCGGGGGAAAUUUACGCUUAUUACGUGGAGUUGGGUCGUCCGCGUAAAUUUCUCCCGUGCGUAUGGUUUUGUCGAUAGUGUAAAGAACGACAACUCUGAUAGAUAUUGGUAUGUGUGUGUGUGUGAUGUCCUCCUGUAAUAUUGCUUUGUUAACGUAUUACUAAUCAACGUACAUUGUCUUGUAAUGGUAUAAAAUAAAAACAAUAACAACUGAAAUAAACUACUUGAUAAAUUUAAGGUUUUAAUGAACAACAAAUUUGAAAAUCUAUAUAAAGGCACAGAGAAAGUCAUGAAUAAACCCGGGUGCAUCGAGAUCCGGUAAACAUCACUCACACACGUGUCUACGGGACACAAACAGCCAGUGAUCGUGUGCAACGAUCCCUACAGAGGUAAAUGCCCCUGUCAUCAUGGUAGCGACAUUAACUGCGCUCGAUGAGUUACGAUAACUUACGAUUAGUGUAUGGUUUUAUCAUUGUUAUUUGGAAAAUGUGUUUGUUUUGACUAAAUAGCACUCACCUGUUUGAUCCGAGGUGAUUACAAGAUCAGCUGGUGUAAGACACACAUACACAUGAAUACAGUUCACCUUCAAUUUCAUCUAUCCAACGACCAGUCGGGAGGCAUAUGUAAGAUGUACUCAGUAGCUACUAGUAUUUUUACCUGUACACAUUUUGUAAAGUAAUGAAGACAACUCUGCAGAGUAAACGUCUGUCUACCGCGACCGCGUAAUUUACCCCCGUGCGUAUAGUUUUGACCUUCAAAUCGCGUAAUUUUCACCCAGCGUAAAUAACCACAUUUACAGUAUAUUAUUAACACUAUUCAUUGCUAAAACAGAUGUAUAGAUCAAUUUUCAUUAUAACUGAAAAACAUGUAUAUUAUUAGCUCACCGGGUCCAAAGGGCCAAGGUGAGCUUAUGGCAUACCGUGGCGUCCGUCGUU